AUGAAUGCUCUUUGGGCAAAGAACAAGAUUGGUUUUGUUGACAGAACAAUUUUGAAGCCGGAUCAGACAAAACCAGUAGAGCUCGUUGCUUGGAAGAAAUGUAAUUUGAUGGUCAUUUCCUGGAUUUGCAAUGCAUUGACCAAAGAUUUACAUGAUAGUGUUGCUUACAUGGAUGAUUCUCAGAUGAAGGCAAUCUGGGAUGAACUCUCAACUUAUAUUCCAAUGCCAGUCUAUACUUGUUGUACAUGUGGUAUGAUGAAAGAUCUAGUAGCAGAACGUGAAAAAGAUCGCAUCUACCAAUUUCUCAUGGAUCUUAAUGACCGCUUCAGUACUAUUCUCUCCAACAUUCUUGGAAUAGAGCCACUUCCAUCUGCCAAAGGUGGUUCCAAGAACGCCAAAGAUCGACCAAAGCUCUGUUGUGAUCACUGCAAGAUGACGGGACCUGGCAAAGAUCGCUUCUAUGAACUCAUUGGUUAUCCUCCUGGUUGGGAUGUAAAGGGAAAUCUGGCAUGA